AUGUCCAUUCCCCAGAAAACAACCGUCCUCGUCAUCGGCGGCGGACCAGGCGGCUCUUACACUGCCUCUGCUCUAGCCCGAGAGGGCAUCGACACUGUUGUGCUAGAAGCGGAGGUAUUUCCCCGCUACCACAUCGGAGAAAGCCUAGUCGCAUCCAUCCGACCAUUCCUCAAAUUCAUCGAUCUAGACGAAACCUUUGUCAAUUAUGGGUUUGUUCGCAAGAACGGCGCCGCCUUCAAACUCAACAACCAAAAAGAAGCCUACACCGACUUCAUCCUCACCGCCGGCGCCGACACCUUCGCCUGGAACGUCAUCCGCUCCGAAUCCGACGAGCUGAUGUUCAAACACGCCGCCAAAAGCGGCGCUCAAACCUUCGACGGCGUCCGAGUCACAUCCAUCGAAUUUGCUGCCUCGGCUGAGACUGACAACGAGGGAAACCCUACCCCAGACAGACCCGUCUCAGCGACCUGGAAAACCAAAGACGGCCGCACGGGCUCCAUCACCUUCGACUACCUCGUCGACGCGAGCGGUCGAGCCGGACUCACCAGCACCAAGUACCUCAAGAACCGGACCUUCAACAACUAUCUCAAGAACGUGGCGAGCUGGGGAUACUGGACCGGAGCGACUCCAUACGGAAUGGGAACGCCCGUCGAAGGACAGCCCUUUUUUGAGGCCUUGCAGGACGGCAGCGGCUGGGUCUGGUUCAUCCCCCUGCACAACAACACCACUUCCAUCGGCAUCGUAAUGAACCAAUCCCAAAGCACUCAAAAAAAACGCCUCUCCACUGCCACCUCCACCCGAGACUUCUACCUCGAGUCCCUAAUCGGCGCAAAGGGCAUUUCGCGCCUCCUGGACCCAGCCAAAUUAACCAGCGAAAUCAAACACGCCUCCGACUGGUCCUACAACGCCUCAUCCUACGGCAGUCCCUACCUCCGUAUCGUCGGCGACGCAGGGGCCUUCAUCGACCCGUAUUUCUCCUCCGGCGUACAUCUCGCCAUCUCGGGGGGAUUAUCGGCCGCUGUGUCCAUCGCUGCGUCUAUCCGGGGCGAUUGUGUCGAGGAGGUAGCGUGGAGGUGGCAUUCGCAGGGAGUGGCGAAUCGGUAUGGACGGUUUUUGUUGGUGGUGCUUGGUGCGACGAAGCAGAUUCGGGCGGGGGAUAGGGCGGUGUUGAAUUCAGAGGAUGGGGAGGGGUUUGAUGAGGCUUUUAUGGUUAUUAGGCCUGUUAUUCAGGGGAUUGCGGAUGUGCAGGGGAAGGUUUCGGCCAAGGAUGUGUAUGAUGCGGUGACGUUUAGUACGAAUGUGGUGGGGACGGGGGUGGAGAAGGAGAAGGGGGAGUUGGAUACGGAUGAGAAAGAGGUGGGCAGGGUGAUGAAUAGUUUGGCUAAGGCAUAUAAGGCGACGGAUGUGUGGGAGGGGUUGAUGGCGAGGCUGGAGAGGGGGAAUUUGGGUUUGAGGGGGGUGGAGGAGGUUGUGUCACAGCCCUGA